GAUGGAGAGAGACAGACACAGUUCCCUUCCAAUCCCUCCUUUCCCCACUCUCUCUCUUUCCCUCCCUCCCUCCGGUCUUACACAGGAUUUCUCUAUUUCAAGCAUUAGCAAGUGAGGCUGUUGAUAGAGCAUUCGGUGUGUGCGCGAAUGUGUGUGUGUUGAUCUGCAGAGAUUUAAAAGCCCAGGCACAGAAUAGUAGUUGAGGAGGGGAAAAGAAGGGGGGCCAGUGCCAGCAGCUGCUCAUAUUGUGGUGACGUCUGCUCCAUCAUCAACCAGGGAGGGCAGAAGCAAAGAGGGAGAGGGAGAAAGGGAAAGGGAAACAGAGUGAGAGACAGUGAGAAAGUCCUGCAAAUUCUACAAACAGGAGAUAGGACACUCUUCGGCAGGUGCGCCAAAUGUUGUUUGGGGACGUUUCCCUCGGAGAUGGCCUGGUUCCUUCUUGGCUUCCCAUGCUUUUCUUCUUCCACCUCCUGAGGAUCUCAAAAUCUCCAACAGAUGAAUCAAGACUUCUGAAGAGGGCUUCCCCAUGGCUGACACGAUCAUCGCUAGAUGACUCCAUUGUUUUUGCAGCCCUUUAGAGCCUUUUGGAAUUAUGGAGAUUUGUCUACUGGGGUUUGUGAUUUGGUGCUUCCAUCUCGAAACCCUUUGGGCAGCUGGGCUCUUCCAGUAUCAACGAUCAGCUCCACCUAAGGCCAGGACUCCCAAAAUGAAGGUAUGGAUGCCUUCCUCCUCACCUUCUUUGGCUUCAACUUUCACUUGGGUGCCUACCCCGAACUUGGAUAAGACAGAUCUUGAAGGAUCAGAGGCAGCUGUGGCCUUCCUGUAUUCUGGAGAUGUGUUGAGUCUCUUACAAGCCAACUGUACACGAAAGUUUGAGGUAAGGGAUAUGGAAAAGGCCUCCAGCCCUCCACCAGCCUUGCGUUCCUAUUUGCGUGGUGCUACUGACACCCUGACCCAUGCCACCAAUUUUCUCAACAUGGUCUUCCAGACUAAUGACAUCCGGGAGUCCAGUGUGAAAGAGGAUGUCGAGUGGUACCACGCCUUGGUCAGAAGUGUUAUAGAAGGAGAUUCCCAAGUUUACCGAGCCAUGCUGACCUUUGAUGCUCACCCUGUGUCUUCCAAGCCUCAGAUGAUGCUUCAGGCCACCAAGGAAAACAAUGAGAUUUUACUCCAGGACCUUUCACCUUCUGCAGAGAGCCUGAGGAAUCUGACUUGGGAAAAUGAAUGGUACAACUUUUUCCGGUUUCAGAGAGCCCCGUUCCUGUACAAGCGAAUCCUCAGCAAUGACCUCAAGACCCUGGAUACCCCCAAAUGGAGCCAGGGAGAUAGCUAUGUGAUGGAUACUGGCCAUGUCAGAUGGUCACCUCCUUUCUUGGAAUGCGAGGAUGGGAAAUUCUGGCCCACGUGGAUGGUCACUCUCUCCUCUUCUUUCUACGGCCUCAAACCUGACCUCAAUCCAGAGUUCAAAGGGGUCCUGAGGAUGGAUGUUAAAAUCCAGAACAUUGAUAUAAACCAGUGCGCCAGUGGACAGGGAUGGUUUGCAAACACGCACCAAUGUGACCUCAACAGUACCCAGUGUAUUCCACAGGAAAACCAGGGCUUUGUGCUUGGAAAAUACCUUUGUAUCUGCAAACCAGGUUUCUAUGGAGCCAGCAGAUCUUCCACCUCCUCCUCCUCUUCCCCUGACUCCACAAAUAAGGACCAGACUGGGGAACGGGUUUCCCAGUAUGGAACAACGGAUUCUGGGAACUUGUUGGAGUGCCGCCCCUGUCAGGAGGGAUGUACCACCUGCAUCGAUGACACACCAUGUCUGAUCCAGGAAGACUGGUCCUUGCGCGCUGCAGUGCUGGCUUUCCAGGCUUUCUGCAUGCUGGCCGUUUUCUUCAGUAUGCUGGUCUCCUAUCACUUUAGGAAGAGCAAGAGGAUUCGGGCUUCAGGAGUUCUUCUUCUGGAGACAAUACUCUUUGGCUCACUCCUGCUCUACUUCCCUGUGUUCAUUCUCUACUUCAAGCCAAGCAUCUUUCGUUGUAUCGUGCUGCGCUGGGUGCGCAUGCUGGGUUUUGCCAUUGUUUAUGGAACGAUCACACUCAAACUGUACAGAGUCUUGAAGAUCUUUCUGUCCCGCACAGCCCAGCGAGUCCCUUACAUGUCCAGUGGGCGAGUUCUGAAGAUGCUGGCUUUGAUCCUCCUCUUGGUGCUUUGGUUCUUAGCAGCAUGGACUGUUGGGAUGUUGGAGAACAUUGGGAAAAAUAUCCCACUGGUGGUCCUCUCCCAGACAACUAGGGGACUUCAGUUUUACAUCUGUGACCAUGACCGUUGGGACUAUAUGAUGGUUGUGGCUGAGAUGCUCUUUUUGUUCUGGGGAAGUUUUCUCUGCUAUGCCACCCGGACAGUCCCUUCUGCCUUCCAUGAGCCUCGCUACAUGGGCAUCGCCCUCCACAAUGAGCUGAUAACGUCUGCUGCCUUUCACGUGAUCAGGUUUUUAAUGGUACCUUCCUUACAUCCUGACUGGACGUUGCUGAUCUUUUUUAUUCACACACAUGUCACCACCACCAUGACACUGGCACUUCUUUUCAUCCCAAAGUUCCUGCAUGCUGGGUCACCGCUGAAAGAGGAGAUUGCUGCCGAGGUGUAUGAAGAUGAGCUGGAUAUGAGGCACUCAGGCUCCUACCUGAACAGCAGCAUCACGUCAGCAUGGAGCGAACACAGCCUUGACCCCGAUGACAUUCGGGAUGAACUGAAAAAGCUUUACACACAACUGGAAGUUCACAAGACCAAAAAGAUGACGGCCAACAACCCUCACCUUCAGAAGAAGAGAAGUUCAAAGAGGAGUCUAGGCCGCUCUCUCAUGAGGCGUAUCACUGAGAUCCCCGACUCUGUGUCCCGGCAGUGCAGCAAAGAGGAGAAAGAUGGGUCUGUGGGUGGAGGGACCAUGAGUCGUGCUGGCUCCUACAAGCAGAGGCACUUGGACACCGGGAGCUCAAGCAUGAAACGGAGAGAUGAUUCCUCUUCCAAACAUAAGGUAAGCUCAUCAUUGAAGAAGUCCCACAGCACUUAUGAUCACACAAGGGAUGCCAAGGAAAACAGCUUGCCUUCCAGGCAUAACAGUUGCAAAGAAGCUCCCUUGCUGGACUCGAUGAUGAGGAAGAAACUAGCUAAGAAGGCUUCUGAGAGAUCCAACAAUGACUCUCUUGAUGAUUCAGCCCCCCUAGUCUACAAGUCAGCCAGUGCUCACAACCUGAUGGCAGAACGGAAACCUCUGCACCCCAAGCCUUCUCCUCUGCAGAAAUCCCUCAGUGUUGUCACCAGUGCCAAAGAAAAGGCCCUGUUAUUAACAAACAGAGCCUACUUAGAAGAGAGCAGUAAACUAGCACAAGACAAAGAGAGGAAAGCAGCUGCAGAAGACUCUACAACAGGAAGUGAAGUCUCAGGGUACACUGAGAUUAUCGAUGUUGCUUCAGAGGUAGAAGUAAAGCAGCUAGAUAUGGAUGAUCCCUCAGCAGGAACUGUGAGUUCCCUUUUGGAAAGUGACCAUGGCAGCAAAGAUGUUGUGUGCCCAUGGGAAUCUGCAACAACCCCAUCAACGCCCUCAGAAAGUAGGUUUCAGAAACAUGUCACAUAUGCUUCCAUGAGGAGUGCCAGCAUAAAUACUUCUGAGCUGACUGCGAGAAGACACCAUGCCAGCAAGAAGAUACCACCAGAACCACCCAUCAGACAGCAAAGUUUGGUUCACAGCCUUGAAAAGAAAGAUGUUGUUCAUGGGAAUGUUGAUGACCAAAAACAGCCAUCCUUCCAGUCUCCCAAAACCGACCUCAAAGAUAGUCCAGUUCCAGCAAGCUUAAGUCCAACAGAAAUAGAGAAAUCUCCUGAACAGACAAAGAUGGAAAAGACCAGGGAUGAUGAAAGCAUCGCACCAGUAUCUUCCUCAACAGGAUUAACCAGGCUGGCCUCCAUUGCUGCAGAAGUCUGUCCCUGGGAAGUUAUGGAAAUGCCCCUUCCAAAGAAAAAAGAUUCAGACACAAGUGAGUCAGACAGUCAAAAGAGCUCUCCUGAGAAACAGCCUCAAAGCCUUCAAACCUCAAUCCCCAAAAGUUCAAUGAAAAGCUUAGGUCUGGCCAUAAAGGCAUUCAACCGAUCAAGAAUAAAGGGAGGCUUAAAAGCAAGAAAGGAUAGUGAGGAAAACCAAAGAAAUGAUGAAAAAGACAUGGAUGGAAAGAGUGAAAAGCCUCUUGGAGAAUCACCAGGACCCCAGGUAAUAUCCAGGACCACCAAAGCAAAAGUAGUUAGCAAGCAAGCCACCAUCUGCCCUUGGGAUGAGGAGGAAGAGGAAGAGGUUCUUCUGAGUUCGCAAAAGCACAGCCCAAGCAAAACACCUGAAGUGUGCCCUUGGGAGGAAAGUCCUGAUGUCCUUGUCAAGAGCAGUGCAAGCAGUGCAGAAGCAAUAGCUUCCAAAAAUGCUGGAGAGAUCUCCAGAAUCAGGCUGGAAAAGGCCAAAAGCACACGGGAAUCUCUAUGUCCCUGGGAGUUUAUAGAUGAAGACCAAAAGAAAGAAGAUAAAACCUCAAACAUUUCUCUGGAUAGCUCAAGGCCAGAUGGCAAGAAAGCAGAGGCAUGUCCAUGGGAAGUGGAGGAGGUUGUCACUAGCACUAGAAGUGAUACACACUCCAUGGGAGUUAGCAGCGCCUUGUCACAGGAUGAGGCCAUAAAAGAAAGCAAAGUAAAACAUUUUGAUGGAUACAAGAGAGAGAGAUCUUCAACAAAGGUUCAUCCAAGUGAAACCCAAGAGAAGGUAAGUGCCCAGCAGGAGUCUAAGAGUAUCAAGGAACCAUCACUGAGAAAAGAGAUUAAAAAGAGCUCAGAAGUACCAAAUGUAGAUGAAAAGAAACUCAAGAAUAUUGGGAAGAGCAAAACUAUUCUCCCAGAAUCAGAGGAGGUCAGAGUUAAAUCACAAAUCUGCCCAUGGGAAGUAGAAGAAGCUCUGAAAAAGACGCCUGAGGAAGAUAGUGCAGAAUCCUCCAAAGAGGAAAAAAGCAUUGCCUCCAAAGCAGCAGCAGUGAAUAAAAAUGAAGAAGAGUCCAUUUGCCCAUGGGAGGCCAUGAAAUUGCCAGGAAGACCAGACACUAAAACUACAACCGCUCAGGGAGAAUCCAGCAACAAAGCAACUGUCAAAAUAUGCCCUUGGGAAGCUAGCGAUAUACUACCAGAGAAACUGAAAGAAGAUUCAGUAGAGAACUCCAGAGGCACUGAAAGUAGAAAGCUUAGAAGUCCAUUAUCAGAGCAAAGCAAAGAUAAAGAGAACAGCCAUCAGGGCUAUGUUUGUCCUUGGGAAAAUGUAGAUGUUGAAGGCUCUUCUGCAAAACCUGCUGUCAAAGUACCAAAACUCUCCGAAGCAGUUUUGAAGCCAUCAGGUAGUGGGGACAGUAAAAAGGCAGACGUCUGUCCUUGGGAAACAGAAGCAACUUCAUCCACACUGGGAAAAGCGACAAAGCAGGUUGAAGGAGGACCUUCCAAAGGCACCCCAAUGAGAGCAUCACAUAUUUCUAAAACCUCUAUUUGUCCCUGGGAAGAAACAGAUUCAGAGGAUGCUUUACUAACGCCUGGUUCACAAUCUUUAAAUGUGAGUGACAUUCAUUCAAAGAAGCCUGAUGGUUUCCAAAGCAAAAGGGCAGAAAUUGCUCCGUGGGAAAUGCAAGAGGAAACAGAAAUUAAAGCAACCAUAUGUCCUUGGGAGAGUGAUGACAGCCUAACACAAAGAGGAUUCAAAAGGGAUGCAAGUGUACUCUCCAAAGAGGAAAGGAAAGAAAUCAGAGAUGCAGCACAAGAGAAAGGAAGCAACAGUAAAAGGGAAUCAAUCUGUCCAUGGGAGAGCACAGAUAGUGGGGAUUCAUUUAUUAAGCCUAAACUAGAGAGUAUCUAUCUGUCCAAAGGCAGAUCAAAGAAGUCAGAUAGUGUGGAAAGUCAAAGGUCUUCUGUCUGUCCUUGGGAAACUGAGGGCACUGAAGUUGGCACUAAAACAGCAGAAAUCUGCCUGUGGGAAGAGAUUUCAACUCCAUCAGCUACAAGACUCACUAGACAAGAAACAAAAAAGGCCAGAGAUACUGUGUAUACAGCUCUAGAGAAGGAAAGCAGUCCCCAAGAAUCUGUCUGCCCCUGGGAGACCAUGGACACAGACUACCCAUCAUCUAGGCUUAGUACUAAGAGUCCAAGCAUGUCUAAAGUCAGCUCUAAAAAAUCCAGUAAUAUUGAGAGCCUCAAGGCAGAAGUAUGUUCUUGGAAAAGUCAGGAAGCUGAAUCCAGCCCUAAGGCAGAUGUAUGCCCAUGGGAAGUGUCUGAAAGCCAAAUGACAUCACUGAAACCUGCUGGGGAUAUUGAAAGCCACAGGCAUCCCCCAGUGAAGCAAACAGGCUCUUCUAAAACAAUGGAAAAGAAGACUAGCCUUCAAGAAUCUGUGUGCCCUUGGGACAGUGUUAGUGAACUCCCUGCUAAACCCGAAAGACCCAGAAUCUCCUCAAAGAAAUCUGACAGUGCUGACAGCUUAAAAGCAGAGAUUUGCCCCUGGGAGGUUGAAGAAAAUGUUUUUAAAAAGGGUGAUGAUGGUAGUAGUUUCAAAGGGUUAGACAGCAGGAGCACUUCUCCAAUGAACAUUUCUGAAGCAAUGGAGAAAUUGAGCCGGUCACGUGACACCAUCUGUCCCUGGGAAAGUAUGGAGCUUGAGGAAUCUUCUGCAAAAUCUGCUGGUCAAAGCCCAGCCCUUUCCAAAACUGGAUCAAAAAAAUCUGAUAGCGCUGAAAGUCUAAGGGCAGAGGUUUGUCCAUGGGAAGCCGUGGAAGAAGAGGAAGGGACCUCCGCAGUAGAUAUAUGCCCAUGGACUGCAGCCACAGCUCCAUUUGAAAAAGGGAAGCUCGGGCAAAGUCUUGUAGGAAUUUCAAAAGGGAAGAGAGGCCAGGUGCCUUUGAGAAGUCCAGAUUCAACACAAGCAGAAAAAGAAGCAUCAUUUAAGAAAAUAGAAAAGUCAAAAAGCCAGCAAGAGCCUGCAUUUGCCUGGAAGAGUAUGGAGUUUGACAAGCCACCUGCCAAAAGUACCCGAAGUCUAGACCUGUUGCAGGUGAGUUCCAAAAAAUCUGAGAGUGUUGAGAGUCUAAAGGCAGAAAUCUGUCCAUGGGAUUUCCAGGAACUUGAAACAGAAUCUAAAGUUGAAACAUUCCAAAGGGUAGCAGCUGAAAGACCAUCGGAGAAGACGGCCUUACAAAUUGAUAGGGAAAGAGUUUCCAGCAAGGAAACAAGCACCACCCCAAUGACAAAACAUUUGAAGAUAGAUGACAAAGUAAGCAGCUCCCGAGAAUCUAUUUGUCCUUGGGAAAGUAUGGAACUGCCAAGCAGUCCAAGUCCAACUCUGUCCAAAACUGGCUCAAAGAAAUCAGACAGUGCUGAAAGCUUGAGGGCUGAGGUAUGUCCUUGGGAAACUAAGGAAGAGGAAUGCCCCACAGAAGUUUCACUAGUUGAUAAAGAGACAUUAAGAAAGAAGACUUCACUAGGAAAAAUAAGUCUAGGUGGAGGAGAAACCUUAUCUAAAAAGGUAGAGAAGACUCGUAGCCACCCAGGAUUAGCUUAUAGUCAGAAAAAUAAUGAAGAGCUGUCAAUCAAACCCAUAAGUAAAAGUUUAGAUCUGUUCAAAGUUGACUCUGCAAAAUCUGACAGUUGUGAAAGUCUGAAAGCUGAAGUCUGUCCAUGGGAAACCCAAGAAAUUACAGCUGUUGACAAAGGUGAAGGGUGUCUUUGGGAGGUAGCUGGGGCUCCAUUAGGGAAAGGGAUAUUGAGUAAGGACAAGGCUGGCAUUUUUAAAAGGGCAACAAAAGCAGGAUCAACAGGGCCCGAGAAAACAUUCAAAGCUGCAGAGGAAGCUAGAAGUCCUCGAGAAUCUAUCUGUCCAUGGGAAAGCUCUGCUGCGGCUGAAGCCUCAGGAACAAGCUCUUCUGCUAGUGCUUCGGCAAAGAAAUCUGACAGCACUGAAAGCAGGAAGGCAGAGGUCUGCCCUUGGGAAACAGAUCACUCAGAAGCUGAUCCUAAAGCAGAGAUUUGCCCAUGGGAAGUAGGACCAGUGAUGGCUCCUAAAGAUGAAAGGCAUAUAACACAUACUGAUAGGACUGAGAUGCCAACAGUCAGCAUGAAACGAUCCCAGAGCAAACAAGAGGGUCUGGCUGCACACAAGCCUUUAUGUCGCAGCCUCCCAGCUACCACACAAACAAAAAGCUUAAGCACAGGGAGCAGCCCACCCAUGGGAAUUUCCCCCAAAGAUGAAAGUGCAGUAGCUGAUGUCUGUCCUUGGGAAAUAGAAGACCCGUCAUCAACCAGAAAACAGACUGUCAAAAUCAGCAAAACUUUCGCAGAAGUGAAUCCAAGGGAGGCAGAAGGUAUCAGCUCUACUUCUGCAGCUAAAAGCAAAACAGAGAAGUCACAGACUGACAGUGUAGAAGGUCCAAGCCAAGCCAAAUCAGAUAUCUGUCCUUGGGAUUGUGACUGAACUGAACUUAAGAAAGGACUUGCUUAAAGGUUUGGAGAAAGGCUUCUGCUCAUGUGCCAUGCAGGAUAGUAACCUAUGGUCUGGAUAGAAAAACGAACGAGACAUCUACCAGCUCUGGUGAUAAGAGAAAUACAUUAAUACUCGGGAUAUGUUAAAGCAUUCAUAAGAGAGGUGAACAACUGUUAUCUGAGAAAAGCUGUACCUUCUUGCCUUUGUUUGCAGAAAAAAACAGGCUAGCUGCAAAAAUCUGCACGUUUUGCUCUUAUGUGCAUAAACAUGUAGCAUAUAAACCCCUGCCUUGUGUCCUGACCCAGCCCCCCCCCCCCCCCGCCGCCCCACUUUUCACUCCUAACCACAAUAUUUGGAUAACAUAUUCAUAGUAAAAUACAACCCCAAAGUGACUUUAAGGAAGGCAGGAUGGAAUCAGAUCAAAAGAAAACAAUGGGUUAAUUAACAAGGGAAUUUCCAUAAUGCAAUAGCUUUUGCUUUUAUGGAAUCGCAAAUGGAAGUUUAAAUAUGUUGUGAAAAAGAGGAUAAAAUGUUCAGUGAUGAUUAACAAGGACUAGGCACUAUACCCCUCCAAUAUGUUACUUAUUACUGUAGUUCAAUUUAACAGUACUACUUCUGUAAUCUCUGUAUGGGAGCGGUAAAUAUUAUUGAGUUAGUCCAACUAGUCCACCCAAACUGCUUGCCUGCACUUGUCCUGGUUUUCAAGUUGGCUCCGGAACUACAAAAAGUGAAUGUUUGAACUGUCUCAAAGAUGUUUGAAUGUUACUUGCAGUUCCCCCACACUAGCGUUCCCCCAAACCAUUGUUUUCUCAACUCUGAAGACAUCUCUACAAAUCUUUCCAGGAAAAAGUUAAAUUUUAUUUUAUUAUAUUAUAUUUUUGUUAUUACCUGUGAAUUUCUGAGGAAAUGCAUUGCAUGUUGAUGUGUUUGUUAUGGAUCCCCUAUGUUGGGGGUUAAGUGACAGGUUUUGAAGCCCAGAUGCUAGUCAUGACAGUCUCCCAUAGCAAUGCUUCAAAAAGAGCCCAGAAAUGCAGACGGUUGUGUUAAAGGAAUUCCGGCAGUUCUCAUGUCCACCAGAAGCUUGUCUUUUGUCGAGCUUGUCUUUUGUAGUUCAAGAGUUAUUUGAAUUACAACAGGAAUGGUCUGUAAUAAAAUAUUCUUGCUAGAAAAAUCCA